AUGGUUGAUAAGGUGGUGGAAAAUGGGAAUUUUGUGGGGUGCAAUGUGAAUGGGAUUUGUUUCAUAGAUGUUCUUCAAUUCGUGGAUGACACAUUGUUAGUAGGAGAUGGUAGUUGGAACCACUUAUGGGCCAUAAAGGCGGUUUUGAAAGAUUUUGAAAUUGUGUCGGGGCUUGGUAUUAACUACCACAAAAGUAAGCUUAUUGGUAUUAACAUCAACCCUCGCUUUUUGGAGAUUGCCACCUCUUUCCUUGCGUGUAGGACGGAAUCGAAAGAAUUUAAAUUCCUUGGAAUCACUAUAGGGUCAAACCCUCGAAGGAUCAAUUAUUGGAGACCGUUGGUGGAUAAGAUGAGGAAGAGAUUAUCAUCGUGGAAAGGUAGAUGGGUGAGUCUUGCCAUUUUUACCUUAUAUUUUUUCAAAGCUCCUAUGAAAGUGAUUAAAGAGUUGAAUAAGAUCCAAAACAACUUCUUGUGGGGAGCUUCGAAAGAUUCGAGGAAAAUGCAUUGA